AAGUCACUGUCUUUCUAUCUCUGUUGUCUUUUAUGUUACAGUUUAGUGCACUCUUCACUUUAGUAUCCUCUCACACUUCUCAUAACUCAUGAAAUGAAUUUUCUUCACACUCUUCAAGGACCUAAAAAACCAAACCCUUCAUUCAUGGAGACACAUAACCUUAUCUUUCUAACCUUUCUCUUCUUUCUACCUUGUUCACUUUCCUUUGUUCCUAUAGACAACUACUUGAUUAACUGUGGAUCACUCAACAAUGCUUCACUCUUCAAUAGAGUCUUCAUGAGUGAUUCAACCAACCCAGGCUUGAAUUUUCUCUCUUCAGAUGAUUCCAUUUCUCUCAUAGACAAAAACCCAUCUCCAAAUUUGCAAACUUUGUAUCAUACAGCUAGAGUUUUUGUCACCACUGGGAGAUACAGGUUUAAUAUGAAGAAAAAUGGUACUCAUUUGAUUCGUUUUCAUUUCUUUCCAUUUAAAGAUCAGAGUUUUGACUUGAAGUCUGCAAAAUUUAGUGUCUUUGUUAAUGGAAUUUCGAUUAUGAGAGAUUUUAAGCCACCUGGUGAGGUUCUGAUUAAAGAGUUUAUUUUGAUGAUUGAGUCAAACUUGCUUGAAAUUUUGUUUAGACCCUUUGAUUCAGGUUUUGGAUUUGUAAAUGCUGUGGAAGUGUUUACUGCUCCUGAAGAUUUUGUUAUAGAUUAUGGAACGAGGGUGGUUGGUCCUUCUGGUAUGAAAGAGUACCAAAACAUUUCAUCUCAGGUUUUAGAAACUAUUCAUAGAAUUAAUGUUGGAGGUGUGAAAAUAACUCCUUUUAAUGAUACCCUUUGGAGAACUUGGAUUCCUGAUGAGGAUUUUUUGGUUUUUAAGGAAGCAGCUAAACAUGCAGUAAGCACUCAUACACCCGAUUACGAGAAAGGAGGCGUGACUCCGGAGAUCGCGCCUGAAAAUGUUUACAUGACUGCUCAGCAGAUGAAUAGGGAAAACACAAGUUUAGCUUCAAGGUUUAACAUAACAUGGAAGUUUCCUGUGGCUUCUGAAGGUGUUCCGCAUUUGAUUCGGUUGCAUUUCUGUGAUAUAGUUAGUACUUCUCUCAAUUUGCUUUACUUUGAUGUAUAUAUCAAUAGUUACAUUGCAUAUAAGGAUCUUGAUUUGUCAUCACUUACAUUUCACACUCUUGCGUCACCGGUGUAUGUGGAUUUUGUUGCUAAUUCGGACGAUUCGGGUGUUAUUGAAAUAAGUGUUGGUCCUUCUGAGCUGAGUAGUUCUAUAAGGAUUAAUGCCAUAUUGAAUGGUGCAGAGAUAAUGAAGAUUGUCAACGAUGUCAAUAAUACUAAGAAUGUGCACAGGAGGAAACAUUUAUGGGUGCUGAUAGGUUCAAUUGUCGGAGGAAUUGUUGUUUUGCUUUUGGUUGUAACUGUUUUUCUACUAGCUACCAAAUGCAGGAAGAAGAAACCAAAAGAAACUAUGGUGGGAAGUGUUGGAUGGACGCCUUUACGUAUGUUCGGAGGGAGUUCUCUUAGUAGAACAUCCGAACACGGUUCUUAUGGAUAUCUUGGAAUGAAUAUCCCUUUUGCUGAUAUACAAUCAGCAACAAACAAUUUCGAUAGAAACUUGAUUAUAGGGUCUGGUGGAUUUGGUAUGGUUUACAAAGGAGUGCUUAGAGACAAUGUAAAAGUUGCUGUCAAGAGAGGUAUGCCAGGUUCAAGACAAGGCCUUCCGGAAUUCCACUCUGAAAUAACGAUUUUAUCGAAAAUUCGUCAUCGCCAUCUUGUUUCAUUAGUUGGUUUCUGUGAAGAAAAUUCAGAAAUGAUACUUGUUUAUGAGUAUGUUGAAAGAGGUCCAUUGAAAAAGCAUUUAUAUGGUUCGUCACGUCAACCACCUCUCAGUUGGAAACAGCGGCUCGAGGUAUGCAUCGGUGCGGCUAGAGGUUUGCAUUAUCUUCACACUGGCUUCGCUCAAGGAAUCAUCCACCGCGACAUUAAAUCGACCAACAUAUUGGUCGACGAAGAUUACGUGGCAAAGGUUGCUGAUUUCGGUCUUUCGAGAGCAGGGCCAUGUAUCAAUGAAACACAUGUGAGUACUGGUGUGAAAGGUAGUUUUGGUUACCUUGAUCCAGAAUAUUACCGUAGGCAACAGCUAACCGAUAAAUCGGAUGUGUAUUCAUUUGGAGUUGUUCUUUUCGAGGUUCUUUGUGGAAGACCUGCUGUUGAUCCACAACUGACUAGAGAACAGGUGAAUUUAGCAGAAUGGGCUAUUGAAUGGCUGCAGAAGGGAAUGCUGGAUCAUAUUGUUGACCCUCAUAUAGUCAACGAGAUCAAACCGAGAUCGUUGAAGAAAUUUGGCGAAACUGCAGAGAAAUGUUUAGCUGAAUAUGGUGUUGAUAGACCAACUAUGGGUGAUGUCUUGUGGAAUUUGGAAUAUGCACUUCAGCUUCAAGAAAGUGAACCUCAAAGAGGGAUACAUGACGAUAGCGGUGGUAGCGAAGCAGAUUAUGAAACAACAAGAACUAUUCAUGAAAACUCUAGCAGCAGAAGAAUAGAGAGAAAUUAUAAUAAUGAUUGUUCAGAUAUUAGUACUAGCCAAGUGUUUUCCCAGCUCAUGAAUAAUAACGGUAGAUGAAUAAUCUUUGGUUAUAUACUUUACUUGCCCAAUAUGUAUUAUAUAAUUUAUCUUUUCUUCUAAAGAAAUUGCAUUACCAACAUUUACUAACAAAAGGCUGAUUUAGGCUCCUUAUAGCUAUUACAAAAUGUUUGAAUGUCAUUGUUGUUUGACAUUGGAGAGAUGCUUCAAAUUUGAUGUAGUGUUAUAUAUUCAUGUUAUGCAGUAACAACAGUUAAUUCUAGAGCUGAUUGUGUUGAACUGUAGAUUUGUUUAAGGUCUGUUUGGAUGAUAUAAUUGGAAGUUUUUAACAUGAUUUUUCGCCGUAGAGUACUUGCUGAACAAGUGUUCAUUGUUUAAUAAUUCCAUUGAUAUUGCAUGUGCAAAUUACAUGAGGGCAAAACAAUUAAUUAUAACCAAUCGUUAGUUGGUCCAGUGGUGAUUGGCGCUGGACUUGGUAGGGAGAACCACGGUUCGAUCCCCCGCAACUGCGAUCGGGAGGGGGCUUGACCCACUUGAUGCCAGAGCUGUUCCCCCGAACCGGACUAAACCGGUGGUUAUAAACCAAAAAAAAAAAAACAAUUAAUUAUAAAAAAAGGUAAGAGUAGGAUAAGUAAUCAAUUUCUAAUUAAUGUAAUCACUGACCAUUAUGUUUGAG